AGCCAGAGACAGCUAGGCUAAUACCGGAAAUGUGGCUACUUACUUCGAAAUAAGAGCGCAAACUUAAAAUUGCUUUAGUGAGAAAAAAAAAAAUCUUGUAUUUGUCGUUACAACGUGGUCGUGAAGUUUUUCGUUCUGUUUUGACAUGCUAAGAGGAUACUGUUUUCGAUUUAUCAACACAAAUGAAUGGCAAGUCUGGUUGCUACUGCCGUACUUUCAGCAUUAUGUCCCGUUUUUUUUCAUUUCAUGAUAAAUAAAAACAUGACAUUACUUGUCAAUUUAACGUUAAAUGUCUCGUUAUAAUGAAAUAUCUGCGUACACAGAAGUUCCCUGCUUAUCAGAAACGUCUUGAAACUAGCGUUAGCCGACACAUUCAGUUUGCUAACGUUAGCUAGCUAGCUAGCUAAGUUAUCCAGUAAGUGGCAGUAACGACUGCGACAAUGUUUCAGCGGUUAUUCCUUCCUAUUUCUGUUUUUGAGUUAAACAUUACGACUAUGCAUAGGGCCGUCAAAAACGGCAUUUGAACAAAUUUACCUAAUGUAUUUGUUGUGGUACCUCGCUUUACUCAAUAAGGUUCUUAUAAUUUGAAAAUACAACCGGAACUUAUUUUUUUCUAGCUAAACAUUACCGAGGAAUCCGUUUCCUCCUGACUCUGCUGCUUUUCGCUGAGCUACAUCGGCCGAGCCAACCGUAUACCGUAACUACAUGCCAGACGAUGCACUGAGGGUGGUUUGCAAUAAAGACCACCCGCUAUGCAGUGCUGGUGCUCGGUGCACUGUUUGUAGGUUUCUGUUUGGUAGGACAGACUGAGUCCAGAUAUCAGGAAGCUGAAGAAAAGAGAGCUGUGAAAGCAGACAGACAGGAGGCCACGGUUCCCCCUCUCACACACACACACACACCACCCCGGCCUUGAUGGUGAUGUAUGCAAGGAAACCAACAAGAGUCAGCGAUGGGUGCAACGACAGAAGGGAUUCGCAAUCCUAUCAGGCCCAUAAAUCUCAGCCAAAGAGCCAGUCCAGCAGCCUUCACCGCUAUGACAAAGUGCGCGAUGGCUCAUCAGACCCCACACCCCCCUACAAGAUGCUGCGACGCUCCGACGAAAGUCCUGGCAGCAAACAGGGAGACGGCACGGGACAUGGCAAGGCAAAAACCUCUCACGCAGUUAGAGGAAAAAAUGGGACCAGCGGCUCUCCUCAGGAGAACUCUCACAACAACAGCUCCCACCAUGGCUCCGACUCGCAUGCGACUCAGAGCAAGCCUGCAGACAGGCACCAGGACCCAGCAGAUGACUGGACAGAACACAUCAGCUCCUCUGGGAAGAAGUACUACUACAACUGUAGAACUGAGGUCUCCCAAUGGGAGAAGCCCAAGGACCUGUUGGAGAGGGAACAACGACCGAAAGACCCAGUCAAGAUGGGGGCGAAUAGUUUCCCCAGGGACAUGGACUACAGACAAGAGGCCUUGCAGGACAAAGCCUCAACUAAGACAACAUCAGGGGACCAGUCCACAGCAUCCAACUCCGGCCAUUCCUCCUCUUCCUCUUCUUCUCAGAGCCUGAGCUCUGCUCCUGGUGCUUUGGGUUCCACCCCCUCCGCCAUGUCCUCCUCCUCUUCCUCCUCUUCGGGGCAGGUGCCUCAGUCUGUCCAGUCCCCGUCACCAGCACUGCUGCAGGACCCAGCCCUCCUGCAUCAGCUCCUCCCAGCGCUGCAGGCCACUCUGCAGAUGAACAACGGCAGCAUGGACAUGGCCAAACUCAAUGAGGUCUUGGCAGCUGCUGUCACCCAAGCUUCCUUGCGGUCUGUACUUCAUAAGCUCCUCACUGCUGGACCUGCUUUCAACAUCACUGCUCUGCUCUCAGCUGCUCAGCACUCCAACCAAGCCCAGCACUCCAGUCAGUCCCCCGUCUCCCUGACGUCGGAUGCAUCAUCGCCGCGGCCGUACGUCUCACCACGCAACGGCACGCCACAGAGCAGCCAGAAAUCCCUUCUUGGCGUGCACCCUGGCAGCAUCGCAUCCUCACAAACAAGGGGCAACAUGUCUUCAGGUAAACAAGGAUCAGUCCCCCUGUCUCAGACCGCAGAGAAGCGUCCAGAGGACCCCAGAACUCUCCAGCAGAGAAGCCAGGAGAUGCUGUGCACGGGAUCAAACAUAGCUGGUGCUGCGUUGCCCCACGUCCCCUCAGGCAGCACCAGCCAAUCCCAGGGCGACAACCCUGGCUCAUUCACCCCCACCCUGGCAACUCAUUUCGAUGAGAGCCUCAUCAGACAUAUCCAAGGAUGGCCUUCAGAGAACACUGAGAAACAGGCGGCUCGGUUGCACGAGGACCUCCACAACAUGGGCAGCUUGUACAUGUCUGAGAUCUGCACAGAGAUGAAAAACCUCCGCUCCCUGGUCCGAGUGUGUGAAAUCCAGGCCACGCUGAGGGAACAGAGAAUCCUGUUUCUGAGGCAGCAGAGCAAAGAGCUGGACAAGCUGAAGAACCAGAACUCCUACAUGGUGUGAGGACCUGACCAGAGAAGAAAGGACUGGGAUGGAUGGAUUGAAAUAAUGAUUGAAAAAGAGGAAUAGACUUGGACAGCAAGCUGCUACAGCCCGUUAACUCUCCCCACCAGAGCAACUGAGAAAGGCUGUUAGACAAAUAAGGUGGCUGCUGGUGAAGGUGAAGCUCCAUAAUCCCGAACAUGUUUUUUUUUUUUUUUUUUUUUUUUUUUUU